UGUUUGGAGUAUUUAUCAAUCUUCAACGUUCAAUUCCUUUUCGCUAGAUAAUUUAUUGAAUUAAAUUAUUUGCACUUCGGUCAAAUUCAGAUAAAUAGUCGCACACUCAUUUGUAUUUCCCUCCAUUUCCGCUAACAAACAUAACAGUCAUGAAGCACCCCAUCUUAACUUCCCAAACACCGCCGCUCGCCACUCCCCACCACCUCUCCUCCGCCCUCACCGCCACCUCAUCCCUCACCCCACUCAAACCAACCCAUCUAAACAACCGCUUCUUGCGAGAACUAUCGAGAAGUAAGGAUCCCGGAAAGGCACUCUAUGUGUUUGAUGAAAUGCUCAGUAGAGGAAUUGGGGUUGACAGGUUUAGUUUCCCGCUGGUUCUUAAGGCGGCGGGGAGAGUUAAGGGACUGGUUGAAGGGGAAUUGAUUCAUGGGUUGGCGGUUAAGAUGGGGUUUGGCGAUGAUCCAUUUGUUGAGACGGGGUUGGUUGGAAUGUAUUCUUCGUGUGGGGAGAUUGAUGGUGCGAGGAUGGUGUUUGAUAGGAUGUUGGAAAGAGAUAUUGUUACGUGGAGUUUUAUGAUUGAUGGGUACUGCCGGAAUCGAUUGUUUGAUGAUGUGCUGCUACUUUUGGAAGACAUGAAGGGCUGUAAGAUUGAGCCGGAUGAGAAAUUGUUUUCAACUAUUCUUUCAGCUUGUGGUCGUGCUGCUAAUUUGGAAUUUGGGAAAUCUAUUCACGAAAUAAUUACUGAUAGUAAAGUCAUAAUUGACUAUCGUUUGCAGAGUGCACUUGUUACUAUGUAUGCGGGUUGUGGGUCUAUGGAUUUGGCAGAGGAUAUGUUUGAUAAGUUGAAUCCGAAGAAUGUAGUAGCUUGUACUGCUAUGGUUUCGGGGUAUUCGAAACAGGGUCAGGUUGAGCCUGCUCGCGCGAUCUUUAAUCACAUACCGAAGAAGGAUUUGAUAUGCUGGAGUGCAAUGAUAUCUGGUUAUGCAGAGAGCGACGUGCCUCAAGAAGCUAUCAAGUUAUUUGGUGAAAUGCAAGACUCAGGAAUAUAUCCUGAUCAUGUAACUAUGUUAAGUGUUAUUUCAGCUGGUGCCAAUGUAGGAGCAUUGGAUCAGGCAAGAGGGAUUCACAAAUUUGUUAAGAAAAAUAGAUUUGGGGAAGUUUUGCCCAUAAAUAAUGCCCUUAUCGAUAUGUAUGCCAAGUGUGGAAGUCUUGAGGAUGCAAGAGAAGUUUUUCUGCAUAUGCGACGGAAAAAUGUUAUAACUUGGACUACUAUGAUAUCUGCUUUAGCUAUGCACGGGGAUGCCAUUAAUGCCCUAAAGAUCUUUCAGCAAAUGAAGUCUGAGAAUGUUGAGCCCAACGGAGUAACAUUUGUGGGUGUUUUAUAUGCCUGCAGCCACGCAGGAUUGGUCGAAGAAGGUCGAAAUGUUUUUGCAUCAAUGGUGGAUGAUUAUCGCAUAACACCAAAGCACGAACACUAUGGUUGCAUGGUAGAUCUUUAUGGCCGUGCCAAUCUUCUAGAGGAAGCUCUCCGGCUUAUAGAGAGUAUGCCUUUUGCUCCAAAUGUUGUAAUUUGGGGAUCCCUUUUGUCUGCUUGUAAAAUCCAUGGAGAGUAUGAAUUGGGGGAGUACGCUGCAAAGCAGCUUCUUAAGCUAGACCCUGAUCAUGAUGGUGCCCAUGUGCUCUUAUCGAAUAUUUAUGCUAAAGAAAAACAAUGGGACAAUGUCGGAGAGGUGAGGCAGUUGAUGAAACACAAAGGUAUAUCAAAGGAACGGGGAACUAGUAGGAUUGAGCUUAACAACCAAGUCCACGAGUUUUUGACAGCUGACAAAUACCAUAAACAUUCAGAUGAGAUCUACGCAAAGUUAAAUGAGGUAGUCACUGACGUGAAGCUUAUUGGUUAUACACCACUUACCUUCAAUGUACUGACAAAUUUAAAUGAAGAGGAGAAAAAGGAAGCAGUGCUGUGGCACAGUGAAAAAUUGGCACUCUCGUAUGGAUUGCUAUCAGGGAAAACUGGGACACGCAUUCAUAUAAUCAAGAACCUCAGGAUAUGUGAGGACUGUCAUACUUUCAUGAAGCUUGUAUCGGACGUGUACAAGACGGAAAUUGUUGUCAGAGAUAGAACUAGAUUUCAUCAUUACAAAAAUGGUACUUGUUCAUGUAAUGACUAUUGGUAACUCUUAGCAGUUAAUAAUACAUAUGAAAGUACAUAUUGAAGCAAA